GAGGAGAAUCCCUUGAAUCCAAAAAAAAAAAAAAUAAUAAUAAUAACAUAAAAAUCUAAGCACUUGAUAAAAACUAAAUCUUCAACAAGGGAGAACUACUUAAAUCUUCAACUACCAAGGCCAACUUAGCAUUAAUCGACUCCCGUCUAGUUUGGAGGAAUGGACCCAACAGCACAUAUGGGUAUGUAUUUCUGGGAAAGGGAACCGAAAACAGAAGGAUCGCAGAGGAGAUUCAACAGGGUUAUACAAACAAACGCUGGAAACUCUAAAUGGGAUGGGUGUAAGAGAUUAUAUAUUGAGGAUCAUGAUGACACUAUGUGGGCAGUGAAGAGGACGUUCAACCAUGAAAUUGAUCGCGAGAAGACAGGAUGGAUGAUGAAAGAAUAUGUCUUGGACCCAAGCCGUGUUGAAGCUCGCAGAAAUGCUAAUAUUGCUUUUUGUAUAAUAUACAAGAACCGGGCGACCUCCAAUUCUCGACCAGCAGCUGCUGCAUCAUGGCCAGUUGAUUAUGAUCCCGUCUUUCUUCCUUAUUUUUCAUAUGAUGAUGAUCCACAGCCGAACCAAAUGAUUCAAAAUGCUGUAGCCAGUCCAUCAACUUUGGUAGCUCCUUGGACUCCGGGGAUUCAUUCAGGAGAUGAUACACAGUCAAUAAUGAGCUUGGACCAGAUUGAUCCAACAACCGUUGAGCCACGCACCACAGAUAUCUUUUCAACUUUGCCACCAGAUGAUUAUCUCCAGUCUCCGUGGAUACUUGAUGAAGUUACAAAUUUUGAGUAUGACCAAUAGCGUUAAGAGGACUAUUGAUUUUAAUGUGAUUUUCAAUACGAAAAGAUUUGCACAAAAAAAAAAAAAAAAUUAUGCAUGUAUAACAUUCUCUGUGUGUACUUUAAUCUUUAUGAGUUCAUCCAAAUUUAAUUUCAAUGGAUUAUAUCUUUGUCUUUGUAUUUAGUCCUCGGAUGCAGGGAGUUUCUUAUUAAUUUCGAAGGAUUUUUUUUAUUUUUAAAAAAAAAAUUUUAAAACC